CUUCAACCAUGCAUCACAGCCCAAGUUUGCCACAGCCAUAGACUGCCUUCCUGCCCACCGUCUUCCUUUCGUGUCUUCUUGUUUCCUCCAGGACUCGACCGGCGCUCUAUCCACAGUUUCAUUCCUCUGCGCAAUUAAGCUCGUUCCUGCACCCCUUUCUCUCCCUCCCUUAGUGCUCACUCGAUCCCUCUGUCGUUGCCCUCGUGACGCCUUCUGGCGACUCCGUCCACCUUUAGUAUGGAAUAGUAUUCUGCUUAUUGGCUGGUUCGUUAUUCUUUCCUGUUCAAUUGCUGAAAGUGGUGGAACGCCGUUACCGAGCACGGGCAACACUUGCGGUAACACCGUUACACCGAGCGGCGCGGUAACGCCGUUACUGCGCGGUGGUAACACCUCCAAUCUAGAUAAUUCGACAGAGCGGGAGGUCAUGGUGGCUGCUGCGAGCCAAUCAGACAUGGCCGACGCGUCGUUCUCCUCACACGAUCAUCUGCUUCCAGCGAGUGCGACUAUAGCGGGGACAGCAGCAACAACGGCUUCUCCAGCGUCACUCGCGCUGGCUCUAGUGCCGUCUGACGUGGACUCAGUCCUUGCUGACGCGAUGCUGGACACGCACGUGGAAGACGAGCCGGGGAGCAGUGUCGAUGUUCCUGAAACCCCGGAAGUGUCUAAAGAGGCAGUGGGGCCGGUGGCGAAAGCAGUGAGGCCGUUUCGAGGCACUCAAGUGCGCAAGAAGGCGGUUGUUUUCAAACGAGGUUACCGGCUGCCCAACCCGCUCCCGAAAGAUUUCUCCGUGCCCGACGAUCUGCCCGCAAACAUGGCUGCUGGGCUCGCGUGCGCCGCCAUCCAGCUUCAUGAGGAGGGCGCCGGGCAGCUGCUGCGGGCACUGCAGCCCAAAUUACUCGGGCCCACUGCCGUGGAGGGUUUGCUUUAUGGAGGAGGAGGAGGGGGGGUUCCCCAGGGGGAAGAUAGUGGAAUUCUGACGAGGAUCGGUAGAGAGAGGGGAGUGGAAGGUGGGAUAAGAGGUGGUGAUGCUGGGGGUGCGGGUGGUGGUGGUGGUGGUGGUGUUGGGACAGGGGCGAGGGGGGAGGAAGAGGAAGAGGCGGGGGAUUUGGAUUGUGGUAGGAGAGGGGAGGGGGAGGGGGAUGAGGAGGAUAAGGAGAAUGAGGAUUCAGCACAGGCGAAGGGGGAGCAGGGGCCGUACAGGGGAGAAGGAGACGCCGCGUUGGCAGUGGUAAAGACUCUCCGGACGUAUGAGGCUCUUAGGAGGCACUAUGUGCGUGUGAACGAGUUACACCUGGCGGCUAAGGCGAAGCUCGCCGCUCUUAAUCGCCGACGAGGGGGCGGCGGCGGGAGAGGAGGAGGGAGAGGGAAGGGCCGUGGCGGUGGGGUUGGGAGAGGGAAGAAAGGGCGGGGGAAGGGGAGGGUGGGCGCAGGAGGAGGAGCAGGCAUUGGCAGGGGGAGGAGGGACGCGGUGGAGGAAGAGGAAGAGGAAGGGGAGACUGUUGAGAGGGUUGCAGAGGUGUUGGAAGAGGUGAUGGAGAAGAAUCCGUAUCACAAGCGGCCGGACUUAUCCGCUGGUAAAACCAUGCGGCUGCAGGGCCUUGUGAUCAACAACGAGAAGGCACGAGUGAUUGGCCAUGUCUCCGGGAUCCCUGUGGGGUUCCAGUUUUUUAGCCGACAAGAGAUGGCCGUAGUAGGAGUUAAUCUCCAGGCACAGGGGGGUAUAGACUAUUCUCCCCCCGGUGCGAACCAGUGGGGAGUGGAAGUAGCGUCUUGUGUGGUGCUGUCGGGAGGGUAUGAGGACGAUGUGGAUAACGGGCAGUGGUUUGACUACACCGGGCAGGGCGGAAACAAUUACCGCGGGGAUAAGACGCAGCAGAAGGACCAGCUGUUGGAGCGCGGCAACCUCGCUCUGGUCAACAGCGAAAAGUUACAGCUGCCCGUGCGCGUGGUCCGGGGGGUGAGUGAGCCGGCGAGCUACACUAAAAUGGUCUACACCUACGACGGGUUAUACCGAGUCACGCGCAGCGAGCACACACCGGGGGACUCGGGUCAUCUGAUCUUCAAAUUCCGCAUGGAGAGGGAGGAAGGGCAGCCGGCGCUGCAGACCCCAACGGUGGAGUUUGUUCGGGCGUCGCUGAAAACCGGGACUAGGUCGAAAGACCGGAGGGGGUUGGUGUCAGAGGAUAUUUCACAGGGGAAGGAGAUCCGGCCGGUUUGUGCGGUGAACACGGUGGAUAAGGAGCCCCAGCCUCCUCCGGCAUUUGAGUAUAUCAGGCAGAUGAAUCAUUUGAAUGCGCUGAAGAAACUGGCCAGGAGAGAUGCCGCCCUGGCUGCUAGGAGUGGUGAUGGUGGUGGUGCUGGUGCUGGUGCCGGUGCCGGUGCCGGUGCCGGUGCCGGUGCCGGUGCCGGUGGUGGUGGCAUUGGCGCUGUGGCAAUUGAUCUCCAGCCGGUGGUUCUCGGCUGUUCGUGCACGGACGGGUGCGUGGACGCCACAACAUGCGAGUGCGCGCAGCUGAACGGCGGAAUGAUGCCUUUCACACGCGAAGGAGGCCUCAUAGAAGCCCAGCAGGUGAUCUACGAGUGCGGGCCGAAGUGCGCGUGCGCGUGCUCCUCCGCCUCCUCCUCCUCCGCCGCCUCCCAUGGUGGUUCCGCUCGUUUCGGAGCUGGUAGCGGCGGUGGCGGGGCCAGCAGCAGCAGCAGCAGCUCGUGCAUCAACAGAGUGAGUCAGAAGGGGGCGCAGGUGCGGCUGGAGGUGUUCAAAACGGAGCACAAGGGGUGGGGCGUGCGGUCGUGGGACGCUAUUCCGGCGGGUCACUUCGUGUGUGAGUACACGGGGGAUCUGAUGAGAGACGACGAUGCGGAGGCGCUGAGAGGGGACGAUGAGUACUUGUUUGACUUGGACCUCGCGCGGGGGAUUCAGGAGCGCUGGGGAGACGUUUCGGGCAUUCUUGGUGGGGGUCGUGGGUAUGGUGGGGGUGGGGGUGGGGGUGCUGCUGCUGCUGCUGCUGCUGCUGCUGCUGCUGCUGCUGGUUUGGAGGAGGAAGAGGAGGAGGAAGAGGAGGAGGAAGAGGAGGAGGAAGAGGAGGAGGGGGUGGAGGAUGGGUUGAGAGACGAGGGCAGGAGGGGGCGGAAAGCGCGAAUGGCAGAGGACAGAGAGGAGGAGAGGGACAGGAGAUGGUUGGCAGGAGGAGGAAGAGGAGGCGGAGGAGGAGGAAGUGAGGGAGGUGAGGGGGAUGGGGAGAAUGGGGAAGACCAUGGGAAGCGGAUUCGCGGGUCUGAUUCGAGCAGGCACGGGAGGCACGCUGGCAGUCAGAGCACCGGGUAUCCACACCCGCGCGUUACAAGAGCAGCGUCUUCGUCUGUAGCGUCUACGGCUGCAAGCGCGGCUGCAGCCGCCACCGCAGCUGCAGCUGCAGCAGCAGCAGCAACAGAAAAGAGGUCCUCAAAGGGCCCCUCUGGAGCAGCAACAGCAGCACCGCCACCAGCAGCAGCAGCAUCACCAGCAGCACCUCAUGACGGCCUUCACUUCUGCCUGGAUGCGAAGCGCAAGGGCAACGUGGCGCGGUUCAUCAACCACAGCUGCCAGCCGAACCUGUUUGUGCAGUGCGUGUUCUUCGACCACCACGACCACCGCCUCCCGCACAUCAUGCUCUUCGCCUACGACAACAUCCCGCCGCUGCGAGAACUCACGUAUGACUAUGGCUACCAGAUCGACAGCGUCACGGAUGGGAACGGCAAUGUCAAGAAGCUUCUCUGCUACUGCGGCGCUGCGUCUUGUAGAAAGCGGCUGUAUUGAGUGGCGCUGGGGUGAUGGGUUGCUGGUGCUGGGUUGCUGGGGUGAUGGGUGGUGGGGUCUCUCCAACGACAACAUCCCACCGCUCGAGGAGCUCACCUAUGGGUAUGGGUACCACAGAUCGACAGAGUGACAGGCGGCAACAGGAGUGGCAAGAAGCUGUUGUGCUAAUGCGGUGUGGCUUUCUGCAGAAAGAGGUCGUAUCGAGUGGUGCUGGGUGAUUGGUGAUGGGCUGUUGUACUACUGCGGUGCUGCUGCGUGCACAAAGCUGCGGUGCUGCUUCGUGCACAAAGCGGCUGUAUUGAGUGGUGCUGAGUUCAUGGUGGGUUCUUUCUAGCUCGCUCGUGCUCUGCUCUGGUUUCUUCUGGUCCCUCGUCCCGUUUCACAGGAUUGUGCUUUAGAUAGCCUCGUCUGGGUCCUCUCUCUCUCAUAACACCUCGAAUUGCCUCUCUUACUCUCUCAUUUCUAGGUGCGCAAUUUUGUUUUUAAUGUACAAUUUCUGUCUGUUGUA